CAAAGGCCCGCCCAACAGAGGCCCCGGGUCGAGACAUGCCUUCCAAAUGCAAGUUUAAGUUGGAAUAUAUUAAGCGAAUACCACCCAUUCUUUCUAUCUCGAUCAUACAUCCCCCAAGGAUCGCCGUCUUUCUAUUUCAACAGGCAUUAUGACCAAGUCUGAUACCAAGCCGCUUACCGUCUGGUUGACCCCUUCCGGCCCCAAUCCAUGGAAGGUUGUCCUCAUCCUCGAAGAACUCCAGAUUCCUUACGUGAUUGAAUCCUUCAGGUUCAACGAUGUCAAGGAGAAACCCUACACCGAUAUCUGCCCCAACGGCCGUGUCCCUGCGAUCGUGGAUCCCAACACCAACCUGACGCUCUGGGAGUCCGGCGCCAUUAUCCAGUAUCUGGAGGAGGUCUACGACACGGAGAAGAAACUAACCUAUGACUCGCUUACCGAGCGACAGCUGCUGAACCAGUACCUUCAUUUCCAGAUGAGUGGCCAAGGGCCCUACUUUGGCCAGGCUGGAUGGUUCAACGUUCUGCACCCCGAAAGAAUCCCCUCCGCCAUGGAGCGCUACAACAGCCAAGUCCACCGCUUCCUGGACGUGCUAAACACAUGUCUUGAAGGCAAGGCUUGGCUCGUUGGCGAUAAAUGUACCUACGCCGAUUUGGCAUUCGUGCCGUGGAACUGUCGGCUUGAGAUGCUGUUGCAGACACCCCCAGACGAGGACCCACUGGCACAAUACCCCAAUGUGCAGGCCUGGCAUAACCGCAUGGUUUCCCGACCUUCAUGGAAGCGCUGCAUGGAGGUUCGAGACAAGCUCAUGGAUGAUCAGGGCCUGACGCCCAAAGGCAUGCCCAAGGGGAUAAACAAUAUCAAAGAGUAUGAGGAUCUUAUUGCUCGGGAGGCAGCCGAGAAAGAGAAACAGUAAAUACGUUACAGGCGGACGAGGAAUUCGAUUUUUUCAAACAUAAUAUGCGUGGAGACUUGUCAGUCUGGACCUUCGGCUGGUCGGCUUUCCAGUAAAUGUUGCACAAUUCGUACAGGAGGAGACACAUCAUAUCCUAUGAAGGCCUUGUUAUUAAUUUGGUGGAGCGGCGCUACUCGGCGUAUAUGCGUAGGAACGAGAUCAGC